AGCAGCCAACAUCUGAACAGCACAGCACAACACGAGCGCACUCUUCGGAGAUCAGAGCAGCAAUGGCAGCUCUUGCCGUCGUCUUCGCCAUUGCCAUUCUCGCGCAUUGUUCAGCCGUCGUGGCGGCGGCGGCGGCCGAUCCGGCUACUGCAGACACGAGAAACUUCACCAUACCUUCUCCUCGCUCGACGACGACCACCAACAAGGGUCCGGUGACCUACGUGUUCGGCGACUCGAUGUCCGACGUGGGGAACAACAACUACUUCCCCAUGUCCCUGGCCAAGUCCAACUACCCCUGGUACGGCAUCGACUACCCCGGCCGCGAGGCCACCGGGAGGUUCACCAACGGCAAAACCAUCGGAGACUACAUGGCUGACAAGUUCGGCGUGCCAUCGCCGCCGCCGUUCCUCUCCCUGUCGCUGGCCGGCAAGGACGUGCUCGGCGGCGUCAACUUCGCCUCCGGCGGCGCCGGCAUCCUGAACGAGACGGGCGUCUACUUCGUCCAGUACCUCUCCUUCGACGAGCAGAUAACGUGCUUCGAGACCGUCAAGAAGGCCAUGAUCGCCAAGAUCGGCAAGGAGGCCGCCGAGGCCGCGGUCAAUGCGGCGCUGUUCCAGAUUGGGCUUGGGAGCAACGACUACAUCAACAACUUCCUGCAGCCUUUCAUGGCGGACGGCACCACGUACACGCACGACCAGUUCAUCCGCCUCCUCAUCACCACCCUGGACCGGCAGCUCAAGCGGCUGUACGGGCUCGGCGCGCGGAAGGUCGUGUUCAACGGGCUGGCCCCGCUGGGCUGCAUCCCGUCGCAGCGCGUCCGUUCCACGGACGGCAAGUGCCUGGGCAAGGUCAACGCCUACGCCGUGCAGUUCAACGCCGCCGCCAAGAAGCUGCUCGACGGCAUGAAUGCCAAGCUGCCCGGCGCGCAGAUGGCCCUCGCCGACUGCUACUCCGUCGUCAUGGAGCUCAUCGAACACCCCGACAAGCACGGGUUCACGACGGCGCACACGUCCUGCUGCAACGUGGACACGGAGGUCGGGGGGCUGUGCCUGCCCAACACGAGGCCCUGCCGCGACCGCAGCGCCUUCGUGUUCUGGGACGCGUACCACACCUCCGACGCCGCCAACAAGGUGAUCGCCGACCGCCUCUGGGCCGGCAUGAUGGCGAGCGCCGGGCACGGGGGCGGCGCUUCGGCUCCGCCGAGCGUCGGCGCGUCUAGCCCCGCGCCGGCGCCGUUCCCGUCCGAGGACUACUGAGUGAGGGGCCGACAGCGCACGGUGUUUCCAGCGCCAGCGAAGCGUUUUUGGCAAUUGGAUUGGCAGAUGUUGAAUUCACCUGUUACGUUUGCAUAUCUAGGAGAACAUGAAUGUAUAGUGUUAAACAAAGAAUGUGCGUGAAAAACGAGAAUGUGCGUGUGUGUUUGUAAUUUUGUAUACACGCUAGUACACCUUUUUAAGCAAAAGUAAAGUGACAGGCACACUUCGUCGUGGUGCAUCA